AUGCCGGCCUCAGUUACUCGAGUUUUUCUGUCACUUUUGCUGGGGAUCACUGACUGGACAAUAUUCGUUACGGGCAGUGCUAAAUCGGGUCCGGAGGCUUGUCCUGGACAGUGUCGCUGCAACAUUGUCCCCAUAGAACGAUCAAAAGCUGACCACAGCUACUGGGCCUCAACAAGAAGUGAAAAGUACGAUAUAAUGAACGAUCCCUCAUACCAUCAAAACAAGCACAUUUCAAACCAGAGUGCAUCUGAAGAUAGCCCUAACAAAGAAGUUGUGGGCCCCUACUCACACCAUUACCCAUCUCAUGCCAUUCAACAUCAACAUCAUGGUCAGCCUCCAAAUAUACGAACUCUGCAUAAGCGUCAUAAUCAACACAAUCAAAAACAGUCUCACCGCUAUCCAUACUCAUUACGACGACUACGACGAACUCUGACCUCUCCACACGAUACAAAACGGAGUGUCCACCGGCCGAAGAAGUUUCGGGCGGGUUUGGACCAACGUCAUCACUGGUGGAGGACGUACUCCUUACGCCAACUCAGCCAGUAUAAAACCGAUGUAAAUAUUUACAAUGAGACACGUUCGCGGGUGCACACGGCGUUCGAUAUUCGUCAUGAACAAGGGACAGACUUGAUGUGUGUUGGAAUGAAACAUUUACCUACAUCCCUACCGUCAGGUAAGAAAAGAUGA